GGCAGCUUUCUGCAGGCACAGCCAUCUGUCACCUGCCUUGUUUCUUGGUAUCAGCUACCCCACAGAAGGGCUAGUGAGCUUUUGAGGUGUGGGGGUGGACUGAGCCACAGGCUGGCCCUCUGCUGUGAUGGAGACCCUAGAGUCCCAGCUGCCUGCUGAAUAAAGAGGGACUCGGGCCGGCGGCAGAGGAGUCACUAUUGCCCCGAGAGGACUGGACAUGUCUGAGGCCCUGCCCUUCCCCAGCAACAAGACCUCAACCCCUGAAUGCAAUUUGAAGACACUGUACUGGGCAUGUGUCCACAAUGACCUUGCUGAGCUCCAAGCCAGGCUGGACGCUGGUGUGUCCCCAGAGGAGGCCUCCCAAGUGGACAGCAACGGGAGGGCCUCAUGGUUGCAUGCUACCAUGGCUUUGGUUCCAUUGUGGCUCUGCUCAGCUGCUGUCCUUUCCUGGAUGUGAACCAGCAAGACAAAGACGGGAACACAGCCCUCAUGCUGGCUGCCCAAGCAGGUCACAUGUCUCUUGUGACUCUCCUGCUCAACUACUUUGCUGGCCUGGACCUGGAACGCAGGGACCAGCGGGGACUCACAGCUCUGAUGAAGGCUGCCAUUCAAGAUCGCUCCGAGUGUGUAGUUGCCCUCCUUAUGGCAGGUGCUGACCUGAGCUCCGUGGAUCCUGUCCGGGGCAAGACAGCCUUGGAAUGGGCCGUUCUGACCGACAGCUUUGACACUGCUCAGAAGAUCCGGCAGCUGCUGAGGCGGCCCCAGGCGGAGCAGCUCAGCCUGCAUUACCAGCCAGAGUGGCCAGCCUUGGCUCAACUUGUGGCCCAGGCCCAGGCCCAGGCCCAGGCUCCAGCUGCCCCAUCCCUCCUAGAAAGGCUACAGGCUACUCUGAGCCUCUCUUUUGCUCAGUCUCCGCAGGAAGGGGGUGUCCUGGACCACUUGGUGACUGUCACCACCAGCUUAGCCAGUCCCUUCCUGAGCACUGCCUGCCACACACUGUGCCCUGAUCACCCACCCAAGCUGGGCACUAGAGGCAAAUCAGUGCCAGAACUUUUAGGUACUGCCCCUCCGCCACCCCCAGAACCCCACCCUCCUCAGCAAGUCCCUGUCCCCCAGGUCUUUGCCCCCAACCAAAGCCCUCAGAGUAUGUUUUCCCAGUGGCUACAGUCCAGGGACAGCACCAGGUCCCAAGUCCCUAAGAUCCUCCUCUCUAAAGCACCCUCCCCUUCUGCACGGUAUGAGCUGACACUCAGGCCUCAGGGGCAGCAAAGUCUGGCUCCUCCAGUCUGGAGAUUCCAGGAGAGGAAGAAGAAGGAGGAAGAAACAGAACCACGAGGAGGUGGGCUGGGCCAAGCUGGAGGCAGCAAGUAAGACACAUUCCCCGCCAGGGCCUCUUUCUGCUUCCCAGCUAUCUCUGCCAGCGGGAACCUGCUCCCACCAAGUAUACACGGUUGUCCACAGCAGCGUCUGCAGCAGAGAAGGGACCAACCCAGUGUCUGCAGGCAGGGGACUGGCUGGCUACAGUGGUUAUGGUAGUGAUACCCACGCUGUAUUCUGUGUAGGUCGUCCUAAAGCAAGGGAAAGCAAACUGCUCUCACAUGAAAUCUCCAAGUUGUAUCAAAUAAAUAGCUGAGGCUAGGGAGGCGUGCAUGGCAUACCGUUCAUCAAAGUGAAAAAA